UGACGUUGAUUUACUUCUGUGAUUUGGAUCAUUGUUUUGUUGCAGCAUCCAUUCUCUUUUUAGCUUCAACUGUCUGACAGACGGCCCCAUGAUUUCCUGCAAAACAUCCUGAUAAACCUUUGAUUUAAUUCUUCCAUUAAUGAUUGCAAGUUGUUCAGGCCCUGAGGCAGCGAAACAGCCCCAAAAUCAUGAUGCUCCCUCGACAAUGCUUCACGGUGGGGAUGAGGCAAUGAUGUUGGUGAGCCGUUCCAUUUUCUCUCCACAAAUGACUUUGUGUGUUACUCCCAAACAAUUCAAAUUUGGUUUCAUCAGUCCAGAAAAUAUUUUACAAUGAACAAUGAAGAACAAUGUUUUUUUUUUUUUUUUGACAGCAGUGGCUUCCCCUGUGGAGUCCUUCCAUGAACACCAUUCUUGGCCAUACUUUUACAUAUAGUUGAUGUGUGCACAGAUAUAUUAGAAUGUGCCAGUGAUUUCUGUAAGUCUUUAGCAUACACUUCAGAGUUCUUUUUUUUACCUCUCUGAGUAUUCUGCGCUGAACUCUUGGCGUCAUCUUUGGUGGACGGCCACUCAUUGGAGGAGAAACAACAGUGCCCAACUCUCUUCAUUUGUAGACAACUUCUCUGACUGUCGAUUGAUGAGCAUCCAGACUUUUAGAGAUGGUUUUUUUGUGGUGUGACUGUGCAUGCGGUCUCUAAUGAAAGGAGAAAAAGGAGACCAAAAAAUAUUUAAUCUUACAGGUAGAAGCCUCAGCUAGUGAAAUGAAAACUUCCUCAACGGGAACUUGGUUUACACAAAGAUGCAGUUUCCAUCCACCCAGAAAUGAUAAGCAAGAGACGAAACAAGCCUAACCCUUAAAGGCUGGUGCAUGUUCACAACAAAAAGAGGAAGAGCAGCUUACGCUCUAAGAGUACACUACUUGGUGAAGGAAGCCCUGGUCCGACUCCGGGCUCACGACGCUCAUUCAAGUCCAUGGAGAAGCCUUUGAAGGCAGGCUGGUUGAAGAAACAGCAAAAGUCUUUAGUGAAAAACUGGCAUCAGCGCUAUCUAGUCCUGAGGGGAAGCACGCUGAGUUACCACAAAGAUGAUCGAGAAACCACUGUCCUGGGACUUAUCCAGCUUCAGUUCAGUAAGGUCAACGAACUCCCCUUGAACACAGACGAGCCUGGAAAGUACAUCUUUGAAAUUAUACCAGCAUCUACAAAUGGGGACAAAGAGCGAUGUCCUCACGUGUUCAUGGCAAGUUCCCAAACUGAAAUGGAUGAGUGGCUCCGAACUCUGCGCAGGGUCAUCGGGGUUCCGAAUGGAGUUUUUGGAAAAAGCCUAAGUGAAACAGUGAUGUAUGAGCAACGUUUUGGGCCCCAAAUGGUGCCCAUCUUGGUCCAGAAAUGUGUGGAAUAUAUCAGAGAACAUGGUCUCAACGAGGAGGGCAUCUUUCGUCUCCCUGGUCAAGACAACGCGGUCAAACAAUUCAGAGACGCCUUUGAUGCAGGGGAGAGGCCUUCCUUCCCCAGUGAUACAGAUGUCCACACAGUGGCAUCGCUGCUCAAGCUGUAUUUGCGAGAGUUGCCUGAACCUGUGGUUCCAUGGUCUCAGUACCAGGACUUUUUGGACUGCACCAACAUGUUGGACUCUGGCAAUAAAGAAGGUAGAGAAAAGUUAGAGAAACAGAUUGCCCUUCUUCCUAGAAUGAACUAUAAUCUUCUAAGUUAUGUCUGCCGAUUCUUAUUUGAGGUGCAGCUGAAUUCCAACAUCAACAAGAUGAAUGUGGAGAACCUGGCCACUGUGAUGGGGAUCAACCUGCUCAAACCACAGUUAGAAGAUCCCAUUUCAGUCAUGAAGGCUACUCCUCACAUCCAGAAGUUGAUGACAGAAAUGAUUCGACAGCAUGAGGACUUGUUUCCUGUCUGUAAUGAUGAGCCUCCCUCGCCUCUCUCCAACAAGUCGGAGAACAACAAGAACUCUCCUCGCAACUUUGUGGGGUGGGGGUCUACUGAGAUGAGUGAUACUUCAUUCUCUGAGUCCACUGAUUUGGAAAAAGAUGACAGUCCAGGUCUCAUCAGAGGAAAUUGCAGCAGUCCAGUUUUGCGGCAAGAUUCCAUGUCAUCUUCUGACAACUGGUCCGGGAGCCCUCGCAAACGCACUCAAACUCUGCCCAAUUUCAACUGCCCCCUCACGGGGAUGGCAGCAAAGGCUGGCGCCAUCACUCGCUGGAGUCGUGUCCAAGAGCUUGAGGAAGAUAAGAGUGGAACGUUGUCAGAGGACAUCUUUAAAAUCCUGGAUCUGCGCAGUUCAGGAUCUUUUUUAAAAGGUUCGUCAGCAACUAUCAAAGAGACAGAGGGAAACUAUAACAAAGCCUCCACUACUAUAAACUCCCCACAAACUGAAAGGGACUCCCAACCUGCUCUGACUGGAAGGAAUGAUGAGCCCUUGACAGGAAGUGUUUUAAGUCAGGUGGUCAACAACAGAACUGAAGAGAAAAAAGACAGCCAAAAGAGUCUAGACAGUGUUCAGCAGGAGUUGAAGGAGCUACGGGCCACUGUGGUUGAGCUUCGGUGUACUCUGGAGGCGGAGCGUCGGCGUGUGUCAGCUUUGGAAAUAUGCCUAAGAAAUGCAGAGCGUAGCCGGGAUGAAGCUCACAGACGAAAUGAAGAACUGCAACGGGACAUUCAGCAGUUCCUCACUUGAAGGAACCGAACUUCCACUGAACAUUUUUGGGAGAUGUCAUUGUUGUACAUUUGGUGAAUUGUUUCUUCUUGGCUGCUGAGGCCAGUGGGACGUUUUCUUAUUGGCUCCUUUGAGAGCAGUGUGUUAAGAAGAUUGAUAUUUUCCAGUGAUGUAAUAAAGUUUCUCCUGCUGCAAGAGAACUAUUA